GGCUGUAAGCCCGGCCCGUUCUGACUCAUAGCGAGCGAUUUCCACAGAUCGCACGGCUCGACUCAUUGAGCUGUUUCACCUCACCAACGACCCAGUGACGAACUCCCGAGAUCGGAGUUCAAUCAAGAACCAGGUGCUUCAUCCAUUUUGACGAUUCAAUCCGCGCCUUUCAGAGUGCCUUGCCGCGCUCAUUAGUCCUUCCUUUCAUGGUGCUACGGUUGAUUCGUCACUAAGAAGCGAAUUCAAACGUGGGAAUCCCGGCCCUAAUGAGGUUGCUGAUGGGCGGAAUUUGAUCGCCUUUCUUUUGGGUUCUGCCUAAAAUUUCUGGUUAGCGCCUUUGAUUGAACUCCUUCCUUUCCUCUUACCUUCUUUUCUCAGAAUCUGUGGCUGAUUGGACUUGUAAGUGGCUGAUGGAAUGUUCUGAAAUUGGAUUGGCUCUGGCUCUCGGUGAUUUUUGCUGAGGAAGCAAGACCUCUCCUGUUCUUCCCCCCCUUCCCUUCCCCUCUUUUCGGGUCUUUAAGCUAUGCGAAGUAACGUUUGGAAAUGGGUACUGGGCUUGGUGUACAUUUUUGCUGUCGCAAUCAUCUGGAUAGGUGCUAGUUUCGUGGUGCAGUCAGUUGUUGAUGGUGGCGUUUCGCCGUUCCUCAUCACCUAUAUCUGCAAUUCAUUGUUCGUGGUGUAUCUUCCUAUAGCUGAAAUCGCUCGCUAUUUAGAAGAUUGGAGGGAUAAGAAGAAUGGGACUUCACAUGAACUGAGAGAGUCGGAGAGGGAUAUUCUUCUUGACGAGUCCGAACUAAGCGAGGAAUAUGAGUACGAUGGAUCUACUUCCAAUCCAUCUAUGCUGCUUGUAGAGGAGGACGAAUUGGUGGAGGAGGAGCAAGAAAGUGCUGAAGGUCUUGAUUCGAGAUUGGAUACCGUCAUAUCUUACGAGGUCGAACCACCCUUUCCUGAAGAUGACAGUGUCAAUGAAGGAGUUGACUCCAAAGGGCGAUGGACACGAACAAGGGUGGCAUGGGUCAGCUUGCUCAUUUGCCCAUUCUGGUUUUCUGCACAGCUGAUGUUCAACCUGUCCCUGAAGUAUACGACUGUGACGUCGAAUACAAUUUUGAGCAGUGCAUCCAGUCUAUUUACCUUUUUGGUGUCCCUAGUUUUCCUGAGUGAGAAGUUUACCUGGGUAAAGUUUGUAAGUGUUCUUCUAUGUAUGGCUGGAACAAUUAUUGUCAGCUUGGGUGACUCAGAAUCUGGACUAAGUGCAAUUGCUUCAAGCCCUCUUCUUGGAGAUAUUUUCGCUCUGGUAUCAGCUGGACUCUACGCUGUCUACAUUACACUGAUCCGCAUAAAGCUACCAGAUGAUGAAGAGAAAAAUGGAAGGGCCAGUAUGGCUCAGUUCCUUGGAUUUCUGGGUCUUUUCAACCUCUUCAUUUUCCUUCCAGUCGCAGUUGUGCUUCAUCUUACUAAGCUAGAGCCUUUUAAUGCACUUACCUGGAAGCAGCUUGGACUUGUUGUUGGCAAAGGUCUGUUAGACAACGUGCUGAGUGACUACUUGUGGGCGAAAGCUGUGUUGUUAACAACCACGACGGUAGCCACUGCUGGUCUUACAAUCCAGGUCCCAUUGGCAGCUAUUGUAGAUAGCAUCACUGGCAAUGCACCUCGUCUCAUGGAUUAUCUAGGAGCCAUAGCUGUGAUGAUUGGAUUUGCUGGAAUCAACAUCCCUUCCGAUGAAUCAAAAGAUGCGGGUGCAGAACCGGAAGAUUGUGAUGGUAGACUUGAAGCAACACAAGCCAAUGUUUGAAUAUGGCGGACUCUGUAACUACAGCUCCUUGUUUCGUAUGAAAGAGUUGAUUGAACACCAUUUGUCUUCUGUAUCCAACCAUUUACCACCACUUUUUAAAGAUUUCUGAAGAUUAUACAUUGGGAAGGCUUCUGAGUCGAACGUAUUAGAGCUUCUCCGUUCAUGUUGUACAAUUUUGUUUCUCUCUCUUUGUAAGCACAUUGUACAAUUUUUGUCGAAUGUAAAACUGAACCAUGCAAUAGAGGAAUCCGCUUACGAAA